GUUCCCAGUGCAAAGUUUCUCCAACUCCAGCCGCCUUCCCCAGUCAUCUGUUAUAGUGACUUUUGUAUCUACCCAGAGAUGAUCUAUGUCUACAAACACAGAAAAGACAACCCAUCGGUAUCUGCAGAAACAAGAUGGACAGACAGAGCAGAGACAGUGAUCAUUGGAGGUGGCUGCAUUGGUGUGAGCCUGGCUUAUCACCUAGCCAAAGCAGGGAUGAAAGAUGUGGUCCUCCUGGAGAAAUCGGAGCUCACUGCUGGAUCCACCUGGCAUGCAGCAGGUUUAACAACUUACUUUCAUCCUGGAAUAAACUUGAAGAAAAUACACUAUGAUAGCAUCAAACUUUAUGAAAAACUGGAAGAAGAAACUGGACAGGUGGUGGGAUUCCAUCAGCCAGGUAGUAUCAGAAUUGCUACAACUCCUGCAAGGGUAGAUGAAUUUAAAUAUCAAAUGACUCGGACUGGCUGGCAUGCAACGGAACAGUAUAUUAUUGAACCUGAAAAAAUUCAGGAAAUGUUCCCUUUACUCAACAUGAAUAAGAUUUUAGCUGGACUGUAUAAUCCUGGAGAUGGUCACAUUGAUCCUUACUCUCUAACUAUGGCCUUGGCUGCUGGGGCUAGGAAAUAUGGGGCCCUGUUAAAAUAUCCUGCACCAGUGACUUCUCUGAAACCCAGGUCAGAUGGAACAUGGGAUGUUGAAACACCACAGGGCUCUAUGAGAGCAAAUAGAAUUGUGAAUGCUGCAGGAUUUUGGGCCCGUGAAGUAGGUAAGAUGGUUGGACUAGAACAUCCUCUCAUUCCUGUUCAGCAUCAAUAUGUUGUUACUUCAACUAUCCCGGAAGUAAAAGCUUUGAACCGAGAGCUCCCAGUGCUCCGUGAUCUGGAAGGGUCGUACUACCUCCGACAGGAACGGGAUGGGCUCUUGUUUGGUCCAUAUGAAAGUCAGGAGAAAAUGAAAGUUCAGGACUCGUGGGUCACCAGUGGAGUCCCUCCAGGCUUUGGAAAGGAGCUCUUCGAGUCUGAUCUGGACCGGAUCAUGGAACACGUCGAAGCUGCCAUGGACAUGGUCCCAGUCUUGAAAAAGGCUGACAUCAUCAACAUCGUCAAUGGUCCUAUCACCUAUUCUCCCGACAUUCUGCCUAUGGUGGGUCCCCAUCAGGGCAUCAGAAACUACUGGGUGGCUGUAGGCUUUGGAUACGGUAUAAUCCACGCUGGCGGGGUGGGGAAAUAUCUCAGUGACUGGAUCCUUCACGGAGAACCUCCUUUUGACCUGAUAGAAUUGGAUCCCAAUCGCUAUGGCAAAUGGACAACCACUCAAUACACUGAGGCCAAAGCAAGAGAGUCAUAUGGAUUCAACAAUAUUGUUGGGUACCCUAAAGAAGAACGGUUUGCUGGGAGGCCGACUCAGCGAGUCAGUGGGCUUUAUAAAACCCUGGAGGCUAAAUGUUCCAUGGGGUUCCAUGCAGGCUGGGAACAGCCACACUGGUUCUACAAACUGGGCCAAGAUACUGGGUACAGGCCAAGUUUUCGCCGCACAAACUGGUUUGAGCCGGUGGGCUCUGAGUAUAAACAAGUUAUGCAAAGAGUAGGGGUGAUUGACCUGACACCAUUUGGCAAGUUUAACAUCAAAGGCCAAGAUUCUAUUAAAUUGUUGGACCGUCUCUUUGCAAAUGUCAUCCCAAAGGUGGGUUUUACAAAUAUAAGUCACAUGUUAACACCAAGAGGUCGAGUAUAUGCUGAACUAACUGUUUCUCACCAGUGUCCUGGGGAAUUUCUACUAAUAACCGGUUCUGGGUCGGAGCUUCAUGAUCUUAGAUGGAUUGAAGAAGAAGCAGUCAAAGGUGGAUAUGAUGUUGAAAUUAAAAACAUAACCGAUGAGCUUGGAGUCCUUGGUGUUGCAGGGCCCCAGGCAAGGAAGGUCCUUCAGAAACUGACGUCUGAAGAUCUGAGUGAUGAUGUUUUCAAGUUUCUUCAAACCAAGUCUUUAAAGGUUUCCAGCAUUCCUGUCACUGCUAUUAGGAUAUCUUAUACUGGUGAGCUGGGGUGGGAGCUGUACCACAGACGAGAAGAUUCUGCAGCGCUGUAUGACGUCAUCAUGAAUGCAGGCCAGGAAGAGGGGAUUGACAGCUUUGGAACAUACGCCAUGAAUGCUUUAAGACUGGAGAAAGCGUUCAGAGCCUGGGGGUCAGAGAUGAACUGCGAUACAAAUCCCUUGGAAGCUGGACUGGAAUAUUUUGUAAAGCUAAAUAAGCCAGCGGACUUCAUAGGAAAGCAAGCACUGAAACAGAUUAAAGCCGAGGGGCUGAAACGGAGACUGGUCUGCCUCACCUUGGCAACGGACGAUGUGGAUCCGGAGGGAAAUGAAAGCAUCUGGUACAAUGGCAAGGUAGUUGGCAACACGACCUCUGGAAGCUACAGUUACAGCAUCCAGAAGAGCCUGGCUUUUGCAUACGUCCCCACAGAGCUCAGUAAGGUGGGACAACAAGUGGAAGUUGAACUAUUGGGCAAACAUUACCUAGCAACCGUCAUACAAGAACCCUUGGUACUGACAGAACCAGCCAGAAACCGGCUUCAGAAAAAAGGUGGAAAGGACAAAAUUUGAAAAAGACCUCCAGCAAUCAACUGAAUUAUGGGUGUUAUGUGACUGUAUUCAAAAUUAUAAUUGAUAUGUAGGUAAACAGAAGACUAAAGAUUCAUUUCAAAAUCAUCACAAUCUAGAUUUAGAAUCUUACAACUUUUCUCCUGUUUUCUCAGCAAGAUAGAACAAUGGGUUAAUGCUUUACAUUGUUGUUUCAAAUGAAGAGAUUAGAAAUGGAUGUUUUUAUUAUUCUAUAUUGUUGUCUAUGAAAUUCAAUCAGUAAGACAUUUAGGUGUUUGUUAAUAUACAAUCAUUGCUACAAAAGAAUUACAGGACAUUAUCAUUUUAGGAACAUAUACAUAUAGUUUUUAUUAGCUGAAAACAAACUAAUAAAUUAUGUUUUACAUAAAAACAAAUGCAAUGCUGUUAAUGGAUUUACUGCACUGAGAAAUAUUUUCUUAGUUGAUGAGUAAUAGUUUUAAUUUUUCAUAAUAUAUCUUUGAUGAAAAUAGUAUAAUUUAAUAUUGAUAUAUA